AUGAUCAAAGAUGACGAAGGACGUGUUAUGCACAUGGAGUCGUCAGACGUGGCUAUCGACCUUGACCUCAAGACGGAUAUCGUUGAGUAUGACGAGAAGUACAAGAAACGCGUCACCCGGAAAAUCGACAUGCGCUUAGUGCCACUAUGUGCCUUUAUCUACUUGCUCAACUACCUUGAUAGGACCAACAUCGGGAAUGGAAAAAUCCUCAACCAAGAAACCGGUGACUCCUUUCUGCAGAAAACCAACAUGAGCUCUAUAGAUUAUUCCGUGGUAUUAACUAUCUUUGGUGUCGCCUACACACUGUUCGAUGUCCCGGCCAACUGGAUUAUGAAGCGAUAUGUCCGCCCUUCGCACUGGCUUGGCUUUCUUAUGUUGUCUUGGGGAAUCCUCACACUAGGGUUUGCGUGGUCUAAGAAUUUCCACACAGUUGUUGUGUUGCGGUUUCUGAUUGGGGUCUUCGAAGCUGGCUUCUUUCCGGGUAUUGUAUACCUCAUUACCUUUUGGUAUACCCAAGAACAACGAUCUCUACGCAUUGCUCUCGUUCUGGCGUCUGCAUCUCUCGCUGGAGCCUUUGGGGGCUGCAUCGGAUAUGGCGUUGGGUUCAUGAACGGUGAUGGAGGUCUCGAAGGUUUCCGUUGGCUUUUCAUUAUUGAAGGUCUCAUCACCAUUCUUUGCGUGCCACUGGUUAUAGUGUUCUUGCCAAACUGGCCAGCUGUGGCGAAAUGGCUCAGUGAUGACGAGAAAAAUUGUAUUACAAUUCAGCUUGAGGCACAAGCAAGUGGCUUCACCAGAGAGCGUGCAAGCCGACGAGAAGUUCUAGAGACAUGUUUUACUCCUCGCAUGGUCGCUCACUACUUCGCAUACUUGACCAACACUAUUGUUCUCAACUCGCUUGCAUACUUUACCCCCACCAUCGUCGCACGUCUAGGAUACACAUCCAUCACAGCUCAACUUAUGACCGUUCCUCCUUGGGUUAUUGGAUACGUCGUUUCUCUUGGCCUUGCAUAUUCUGCGGACCGUUUCAAUGCGCGCGGUAUUCACGUUGCAUGCGCCACCUUCUUGAGCGGUGUUGGAUUUCUUGCCUGUACUUUACUGCCUGCCAAUGCCUACCUAAAGCGUUACGGAUGUCUGAUUCUCAUUGCUUGCGGAGCUUUUCCCAGCGCUUCCCCAAUGGUAGGCUGGCUUACGUGCAACGUCCCGAGCCAAAGAACUAUGGGUCUAGCUGCCGCCAUCAACAAUGGAACAGUGGGAAUUGCGUCGAUCAUCUCAGUUUGGAUUUGGCCAGCGACAGACGCGGCUCGCGGUUUCCCUAUAGGUAACAUUGUGUGUUCAACUGCUAGCUUUUUAACCACGGCUAUUAUGGUGGGGUUGAGAUUUCACUAUGGUAGGAUGAACAAGAACGGCAAACCCGACGCAAGCGGGGUGCAACGAGUUUGGGCUUAUUAG